CGGUUUCUGCGAAUUGUGUAAAUAUUGCUCUCGAGUAUUUCACCUUUUUUCAUCCCUUUUUCGUGCCUUUAUGCAGUAAAAUUGUCCUUUUUUGCUCAAAAACGUCCCUGAAAUUCGCCCAAGAAUUCCUUCACAAAAUGUCAUCAGCAGGAGUUCACCAACACACAGAAAUAAAUCCUAAUCCCGGCACAAAAAAUGAGGACAACAAAAAUCCGAUUUACGAGUCCAUCGAAGACGAUGUUGAGCAUCUCGAACAAAUGAUCACGUUGCGUGACUCGAAUUUUCAUUCGGUGACGAGAGAAGUUUGGCGCGACGUCGUUUCCCCGUCGUCGAGUAUUUCGUCGAUCAACACAAGUGACUCGGAUGACGAGGAUUUUUCGGGAUACAUCAGCAUCGGCGGGAGUUUUAGUUUCACGCGGGAGCGACGAAAUGCGAAUAACAACAAUUUUUGUGAUAAAUCGUCGGCAAUGAGUGAUGCCGACACGGAAGACACGCUGAAUGAGAGUCGAAUCUCGUUGCAGGAGAUCAACAUGCAAAUUGGCGUGGCGGAGGAAUUAGUGCUGACACCGAAUUCGCGACAAAAGCACAACAACAAGCAUCUUUUUACGAAUUUGGAGACAAUUCACGAGGGAAAGUUUCUGCAUACGCCGCCCAAAAAUGCAGCAGAUCGAUCGUCGCCGCGAACAAACAAACGAAAAUCGUCGAGUUUGCUGUUUGAACGCCUGGAGCGCGACUGAUUUCGCUGCUUCUCGUAACACAUUCCAAGGCUCUUCCAAAGAGAUUUCUUCUUUUUUUGUUAAUUAUUGAACGACUUAAGUUAUUAUUGGUCACUACGUGCCCGGAUGAUGAACGAAAAAAUGCCAUAAUUUUUUUUUUAAGUAUUAUAAGGAUUUAUUCUGAACCUACCGAGAAUACAGAAAAAUGUAACUGAUAUUAAUUAUUUGGUAAGUGCAACAAACGGAAAUUGUUUCAAAAUAAUUAUUUAUGUCGACAGAGAGGGAAAUUGAA